AUGGGCGCGAUGAUGGAAGGAAUCGAGCAGCAGAUUAAAGACAUCGAUAAAUUGAAAACACAGAACCAUACAUCAAAAACAGAGAAGAUCUUCCAAGUUAAGUCGGAACCAAUCAUGAAAAAUCGGAGAUCGUUCACGGAUAGAAGCUCAAUGUACGAUAUCAAGAAUUCUAAGCCAAGCGAAAGGUCCGUCAUAUGUUAUCGCUGUGGAACGAACGGUCAUAUCGGAACGUCAGAAAUUUGCAAAGCACGUAACCAGGUUUGCCGACGGUGUAAGAAAGUUGGACAUUUUGAAGCAAUAUGUCGGAAGAGUACUUUUGGAUCAAUCGGUGCAUCGAAGAUAAUAAAACCCAAGAGAAUUCGUCUAAUUGGAAGUAACGACAUUCAACAACCGCAAAAGUUGGAAAAAUCAGAUGACAAAUCUCCGGACGAAUCACGUGAUUCGAAGAUGUACUACUGUUUCUACGGAGGGAAUGAAUCGAAUGUCGUGGACUGCAAUGUAGGUGGUAUUCCUCUCAAACUAUUGGUGGAUUCGGGCUCCGAUAUCAAUGUGAUACACAAGGAAGCUUGGACGCUUCUCAAACAACGAUGUAUCAAGGUUAUCAACUCACAGAAGGGUUCUUCACAAAUCAUUAAAGGGUAUGGAUGUGACAUACCACUGCGGAUUUUGGGAACAUUUGAGGCUGAAAUAUCAAUAGCAUCACGGACAAUACUGGCGAAAUUUUUCGUCGUAGAGGAAGGUCAACGCUGUAUCCUAGGCGAUGCCAUGGCAAAAGAGCUGGGAAUUUUAAAAGUUGGUGUUGGUUUGAAUCAGUUAGAAAAACGUGACGUUCCUUUUGGGAGAAUCAAAGAUGUACAAGUACAAAUACAUAUGGAUUCCUCUUUCAAGCCAGUAUUUCAGCCGGUACGACGCGUUCCCAUUCCACAUGAGGCUGCUGUCAAUAAGAAGUUGGAUGACCUUCUUGCAAAAGACAUUAUUGAGGUGAAAACAGGUCCAACGACGUGGGUGUCCCCUUUGGUAAUAGUGGGUAAAGCUAAUGGUGAGCCUCGUGUGUGUCUGGAUCUGAGAAGGGUUAAUGAGGCGGUGAUUAGAGAGAGAUUCCCGAUGCCGAUUGUAGACGAAUUAUUGGCUCGAAUAGGAUCAGGAAAAGUUCGCAGCAAACUAGACAUUCGUGAUGCUUUCCUUCAAACGGAGCUGGCGCCUGAAUCUCGUGAUAUCACAACUUUUAUCACGAGUCGUGGUCUUUUCCGAUUCAAGCGACUACCGUUCGGACUGGUAUCUGCACCAGAAAUUUUUCAAAAAGUUAUGGACGAGAUUUUAUCGGGAUGUGAAGGAACGGUCUGCUAUCUGGAUGACAUAUAUGUAGAGGGAGAGGAUAAGGAAGAACACGAUACUCGUUUAAAGAUUGUAUUUGAUCGUCUUAAUAAGCGCGGAGUUGUUCUAAAUCAUCAAAAAUGCAUAAUUGGAGUUUCUGAACUACAGUUCCUAGGUCACAUUAUCAGUUCCGAAGGUAUGCGGCCAGCUCCAUCCAAGGUGGAAGCACUGUUGUCUUUCCGUCACCCUGAAAAUGUGGCCGAAGUUAAGAGUUUCCUAGGUUUGGCAAAUUAUAUGAACAAAUUCAUACCAAAUCUAGCUGCUGUUGAUGAACCACUUAGGAGACUCUUGCAUCAAACAGUAAAAUUCGUUUGGACGGAGGAACAACAGUAUGCAUUCAAUGCUAUAUCAGUACCGUUCGAUGUUACUGAGGAAGUAUUUGUAAAUGAAGUUGUACGUGCAGCAGCUUCAACUGCUGCUAUUCGUUGGGAAGAGAUAGAUCGUGUCUCUGGGCAGGAUGAAGAAAUAUCACUGAUUUUCGAAGCUCUAAGCAAUGGACGUUUGUUUGAACUACCACUAGAAUACCGCAUGAUCGGUCGAGAGUUGUGUCGUGUUGGAAAUGUGUUGAUGCGAGGUGAUCGAAUAAUUGUACCCAGGAGUUUGAGAGAACUGGCGCUAUGUCUUGCUCAUGAAGGACACCCUGGCACCCGAAUGAUGAAAAGUCAUCUUCGAUCUUCGGUGUGGUGGCCCAAGUUAGACUCCGAUGUGGACAACUACAUGAAACGCUGCAGAGGAUGUUUAUUGGUAUCUGCUCCAAACGCUCCGGAACCAAUGAGCCGGCGAAGCUUACCUGCUAGACCAUGGGAAGACGUAGCGAUGGAUUUUUUAGGACCAUUGCCGGAGGGACAAUACUUAAUGGUUGUGGUAGACUACUACAGUAGAUACUACGAAGUGUGUGAAAUGACUUCAAUAACGGCGGAGAAUACUAUUACAGAAUUAACAAUGAUCUUCAGUCGUCACGGAAUACCGGUAACACUGACUGCUGACAAUGCACCACAACUGAGCGAAGAAUGUGAGAUGUUCUCUAUUUUUUGCAAAAACUACGGUAUCCUUCUAAUCAAUACAGUUCCCUAUUGGCCACAAAUGAACGGGGAAGUUGAACGCCAAAACAGGACAAUACUAAAGCGUCUACAAAUCGCCCAAGAACUGGGUCAGGAUUGGCGUAUAGAACUUCAAAACUUUCUUCUGACGUAUCGGGCGGCUUCUCAUUCUACAACCGGACGUUCACCAGCUGAACUACUUUUUGGACGGAAAAUUAGAACUAAACUUCCGUGCAUCACGUCUUGUUCCAACGACGAAGAAUGGAGAGAUCGAGAUGCAUUGACGAAAGAAAAGGGAAAGAUAUAUAGCGACAAUCGCAGACAAGCAAGAGAAAGCGUGAUAUCAGUUGGAGAUAGAGUGUUGUUGAAACGAAUCAAAAAGGACAAUAAGUUGAGCACCGAAUUUGUCAACGAAGAAUUUGUUGUGCUGACAAAAACAGGAUCUGAUGUUACAAUAAAAUCUACGGUGUCCGGGAAACAGUAUAGAAGAAAUAUUUCUCACUUAAAGAAGAUCCCCGAAGCAAACAAUCGGAGGAUGAAUAGCAACGAUGAAUCAGAUGAAGCUCCGACUAUAGAGGUGACUGAGGAAGGCAGUGCUUCUAAUACGACUAGUACUGUUGACAUACAAAGUGCGAAUGAGCCCGAGCGGAAACGACGACGCUAUGAACCAGCUUGGUUCAGUGGUUAUGUGCCGUACUAG